ACACACUCAAAGCCUGUUGGUUGCCUCGAUCCUCACCCGCGGAAGUUUGUACAGGGAGAAAUCGGCGUUCUGUCAGCUAUUUUAAAAAUGCGUGUUUCAGUUUAGAAUUUUCAGCUUGAAACUUUGUCAUUCUGCGUGUAGGCCGAGCGAAGACGAAAGACAAAACUAAAUUUAAAAGAAUGAAUUCAGCGAGGGAAAGAACAAAGCUAAUAUAAAGUGCUAGCACCUGACAGUUUUCUCGUUGUUAAUUUUUAGUUUGCUUAUUUUUAAAAAUCGCCAGCUUGACAAGCAGACCUGGAAAAGUGCAACAACGACUUAAACUGCAGAUUACCAACUACCGUGAUUUUAUACUUAAAUUAGUGCCAGAAGUCUUUAAUAAUAGUUUUUUUGUUGUUGUUUUGAUUAGCAUGCUAAGCUAGUUGGAGUGCGAGCUGCCAUUCGUCAUUUUGGAUUUCCGUCAAAUCAGCAUCACAUCAGCCUACACACAUCGUCCCGAUUGUGUCAUUUACUGUAAUCUUCACACGGAGAGGACUGUUACACAACAGCAGUUCAUCAUGUUGGGAGAGUGCGGGAUGACAAAAUGGGAGAGACUUGCACUCAGGAGGAACUCUGUCAAGAUGCUGCAGGAUUUAGUGGUGGAUGAUCUACUGAUCCAGUGUCUUCAACAAGAUGGGAUCCUUACAGACAGCAUGGCAGAGAGCAUUAUGGCUAAACCAACAUCCCAGGGCAGGAGUCAUCAAUUGUUGUUUCUUUUGCCUAAACGUGGCCCUCGGGCAUUUAGCACCUUCUGUUCUGCUCUUAAGGAGACUGAGCAACAUCACCUCUGCAAACUGCUCAUGGACUUCACUGAGAAAGAUAAAUGCUUUUCAGAACCCUCGCUUUCUCUUCCAACUCAGGAAUGUGUCACACCUGCAAAAAGACCCCGGACUCAUGAGUCAAUGGAGAUGUGUUUGGAUGCUGACUCUCCUGUGACUACAGCUGUACUUCCCUGCACACCAGAAUUUUACCAGUCCCACAGACCACAGGCUUACCCGAUGCGCUCCUGCCCGCGAGGACUGGCCCUGGUGCUGAGUAAUGUGAGGUUCGACUCAGCAAACACUGAUUUGGACAUUCGAAGGGGAGGAGAGGUGGAUGAGGAGACGCUAAGGAGACUUUUCACAGAGCUGGACUUUAAAGUCAGUCUGCACAGAGAUCUAACAGCAGAGGCAAUGCGCAGGUGCCUAGAGCAGUUUGCCCAGCAGCAGGAGCAUGCAGCAUAUGACUGUGCUGUUGUGUGUUUACUGUCUCAUGGUGUUGAGGGAUCUGUUUACGGCACUGAUGGACAGCUGCUGGAGUUGGACUGGGUGUUUGAGGUUUUUGAUAACGCCCGCUGCCCCUUGCUCCAGAAUAAGCCAAAGAUGUUUUUUAUUCAGGCCUGUCGUGGAGAGGAGAUGGAUAAUGGCGUGGACCAGUUGGAUGGCCAGGAACGGACACAGUCUCCUGGCUGUGAACAGAGGGAUGCUGGGAGAGAGGGAGAGAGAGACAACAGAGAGAAAAAGGAGGAGAAAGAGAGAGAGAGACUGAGAGUCAAACUGCCUCAAAGAUCCGAUAUGAUAUGUGGCUUUGCAACCCUCAAAGGUUUCAGCACUGCUGCAAUGAGAAAUACCAAGAAAGGAUCCUGGUUCAUUCAGGAAUUAAACACUGCCAUCAGACAGAGAGCCAAUAAUACUCACUUGUCAGACAUACUUGUGCAGGUGAAUGGGCAAAUUAAAAGCAGAGAGGGAUAUGCACCUGGAUCAGCCCAUCAUCGCUGUAAAGAGAUGUCAGAGUUCACCAGUUCCCUCUGCAAAGACCUCUACCUCUUCCCUAAGUACUACCCCAGCAACUAAACACACACUCUUAGAACUCACUGCCCUCAUGAUCAGCACACACGUGCAUAUCUGUUACCUGCCAUAAGCUGCGUACACUCUUUCUCAUUCCCCAGUACAGUGAUGGUUUCUUUAGAUUUUUUGGAUUUGCCAAGAUAUAUCACUUUUACAUUAAGUCUGGGAGUGCGCUAGGCAAAUAUAUUUUAUUUUACUCUCUAUGUCCUGCCUUGCUCUUUUGAAUGAAAUUUAAAAAGAGUGAAAUGGAAGUUAAGGCAUAAAUGUGAAAAAAAAAAAAUGCCAUGAUUUAUAAAUAGAGACUGAGGUUUAAAUAAGCCACAGUAUGUUUUUUUAUUUUACAACUGUAUAAAAUUUGGCAGAUAUAUUUUUUCAUGAAUCCUGCAUAUUUUUAUCAGACUUUUUUUUAUUUGUUCUUUUCUUUAUCUGUACUUCUUGAUUUAUAAUUGUAAAGUCAUUUUAAAGUAAAAAAAAAAA